GUUAACAGUUCAUCUAUCGAGACCAAUCCAACCGAAGCGCUCAAUCAUGAAGGUGUUCGUGGUGUUUUCCAUGGCUUUGGCCAUUGCAUCAGCAGCAGCAGUUGACGAAUCCGCCAACAAGAAGGACAAACGUGGCCUGUGGGAGUCGGGAUCGUACGAAAACCAUGGUCUGGAAUUGGACAAUCACUUCGAUCACCACGGCCACAAGCAAGUCAAGAAGGUGACCACAAUCACCAAGAACGUCAAGGUGCCGUACCCGGUGGAGGUCGAAAAGCAUGUCCCGGUUCCGGUUCACGUUCCCUAUCCGGUUCAGGUCGAAAAGAAGGUUCCGGUGAUCGUGGAGAAGAAGAUUCCCUAUGUGGUCGAGAAGAAGGUCCCGUACCACGUUGAUCGUCCGGUCCCAUACCCAGUUGAAGUUAAGGUUCCGGUUGUCCACAAGGAGUACGUCGAAGUGCCAAAACCGUACGCAGUUCAUGUUGAGAAGCCCGUUCCGGUCUACAUCCAGAAGCCAGUUUACGUCGAGAAGCAUGUUCCGGUGACCAUUAAGGUUAAGGAGCAUCAUCAGGAGAAGAAAGGCUGGGGACUGUUCUAAGGUGUUGUUAAAAUUGAAAUACAUUAUGUUUUUGUUUUGUAAAUAGUA